AUGCAUCGCCUGGUGUGGCGGCGGCGGGUGUCGUUUGUGUUUUCAAGCAUACCUCGGCGCGUUCACCUGCAGUGCUGUCGCUGCACCACCAGCAGCUACACGGAUGCCUCGCGGCGCGAGCCAUUGGAACUGAUUGAUGUAAUGGGCAGUGCCGAGUGCACCUCUCACUCCCACGUGGAUGGUGUAAAGGGCUCCAAGGAGGUCUCUCGUGUGGAUUUACAGCAACUGCUGAGGGAUGCCACCGCUGGUGAGAGGAAGCAUGGGGUGGUUGAGGGCGACCACACCAGCAGUGAUACCAACAACGACGGGAACACCAGCAGCAGCGGGAAUUCGCCUUACACAGUGCAGAUUUCUGACCGAUACGGCAUGCCCGCUGAACUCCCGCCUGGCGCGCCGCAGUCCUUUGAAGAGUUGGGUGCAUUAUGCCCCAGUGACACACUGCGUGAGCAGCUGCAGAAUCUGUGUGCCUCACGACGCUGGAGCGAAAUGACAUCAGUGCAGCGCGUCGUCAUUCCCCUGGUGUUGGAGUCCCGUGAUGUCCUCUGCAUCGCACCGACUGCAACCGGCAAGACAUUCUGCUACGUGUUUCCCUCCAUGUUGAGCCUUCUUCAGACCGCAGCCGGUCGUGACGGUGCCAAUCCCAACGGCAGAAGCAGCGGUGAUGAUGAGUUGAGCCGGUCAAAUGUCGAGCUGCUGCUGCGAGAUAAGAUCACGAGGGGCGAGGUGUGCCGCUACUGUGAGCUCAGCGUUGCCGAGGUGAGAGUCUGCCCAAUGACGGGCACACCGCACCCGCCCAUUCCUGAGCCGACGGACGAGAAGCCGCUGCCGGCCACGCGACUCAGUGAACUGGCCUCUGUGGCGGAGCCGCUGCUUUUGAUCCUCGUGCCCACGUCCCAGCUGGUGGUGCAGGUGUAUCAGCUGUGUCACAAUCUGCAUGCUGACUUUCGUGUGCGCUACCUCGUGCGGGCCUCUAGUGCGGAGGAGCAGAAGCGCCACCUGAGAGCGCUGGAGGGUUGUGACGUGCUCAUCACAACGCCGGAGACGAUGUUACCGGCUCUCUACAAGCGUAAAUUGUCGCUGAAGCGUUUACGGACGCUCGUGUUGGAUGAGGUAGACGACCUGGUGUCUGUGAACCACUUCGAGAAGGUGAAGAUCAUCCUCGGGGCGCUUCCGAAGGGCCACCAACGGCCGCAGCGGCUGUUGUUCGGCGCCUCGUUGCCACCCGUGGCGUAUCAGAUGAUUAAGGAGCAGAUGCUGCUGCCGUCGCACCGCUUUGUGCUAGCGGAUGUCAAGACGGACCGGCUUGGGCACCCGCUUCUUGUUGGUCACACAACUGCUAGUGCAGGCAUCACACAUGUGGUGUUUAUGAUCUCGCAGGUGGAGAAGAUGAGCAAGCUGGCGUGGUUGUACAGCACUGGCAAGCUGAGCAUCGAGCAGCGCACGCUUAUAUUCUGCAACUCGCGCCAUAACGUGGCAUACGUCUGUGAACAGCUACAGCGCCUUGUGCCGGGGCUGCACGUGACGACGCUUACGGCGCGUGCCUCCGCAACGGCGAAAGCGGGCACGAUGAAACUCUUCCAGAGCGGCGCCUCUACAUGUCUGGUGUGCACAGACAUCCUCAGUCGUGGCAUCGACUUCCACAACGUCGUGUACGUUGUGCACUACGAUGUGCCGACAGACUUCGACGUGUGGAUGCACCGUAGCGGUCGCUGCGGUCGGCACGGGAUGCAUGGCUACUGCUACACCUUCUUCCAGCCGGAAAAUGUGCGGCUGGCGAAGCCGCUCGUGGCGCAUCUUCGGCAGACGCAGCAGCUAAUUCCGCCGAAGCUUAACGAAUACGCGAAGCAGUCACUUAUCGACACCUUCAAGAGUUCGCUCUUCUGUCAUCCCACACGGCCGUACCGUGCAAGUGAUCCGCAGCGGCAGCACCCGGUGUUGAGCCGCGGGACGCCGCGCUUUCCUGACUACAGGCAGGAUAGGCUGAACAAGAACUUCCGGCCCCUUUGA